UUUCCUUUUUCUCUCAUUACGAACUCGCUGAUCCGACGUCGCUUUACUCCAUUUGACACAUCCCUCCAACAUCAUCAAACGCCUUGGGCCCAAGAAUUACAGCAAAAAAUGCAAGAUCCACGCAAUAACCAGGUGCCAUCUUCUCCCACCAUCUCCUCCGUCUCUUCCUCCGAUCUUGAUACCGAGUCAACAGGAUCCUUCUUCCAUGACAGAAGCAUCACACUGGGAACGCUUAUGGGGUUUAGUUUCACAGCAACCAUGCCGAUGCCAUUCAGAGCUUCUUCACACCGCCACGUGUCACCCUCUGUCUCAAUCCAACGAGCUUCAAGCUCCAACGCAGCAAGACGCAAUAACCAGAGGAAGCGUCCUCCUUCCACUUCGGCUGAGAGGCAUCGCCGCCGCAAGUGGUGGCGCUUUUGCCGAGACGACGACGACGCGGGGAACGGGAUGCACCGUGGCUCCGGAGAUUGUAGGCGGUCAUCGCUCGGAGAGUAUUUGGAGGUUGAACGGAGGUUUGGUGAUGAAGCCGUCUAUGGCUCCGCCGAGGCGGAGCUUGAGGAUGCGGUGGCGCGUUACCGGAAUCAGCAGCCGGCGUUGACGGAACGGGGGUUGUUCGCCGAUGGGAGGGUUCUUCCUCCGGCUUCAGCUGAGAUUGUUGCCGGAGAAAGUACGCCGGUGGCUACGGGACUUUGUAGAUUUCCGGUUUCCUUAACCGGUAUAUGUAGCGGAGGCGGAGGAUAGAUACGUCGGUCCAUGUGCUUAUUUAUCUUUUUUUGUUUAAAUUGUGUAUUCAAUAUUUUAAGAAUCGAAAUCAUAGUUUUGUGGAAAAAAUGGGGUGCAGUUCAAUACCAGCAACAAAUGAUAUUUAGUCACCUAAGGAGGUGUAA